AUGGCUGGCUGUCGACACCAAGUUCGCUUGUCGAAUCAGCCCGAAAUCAGCAGCACAGAUGGAGCACUAGAUCGUGUUCUGGGAUCCAAGCAACGAAAACGAUCUAUUCCUGCUAUUUUCCUCCAUGCGGGCGCUGGCUUUCAUAGUCAUCAAAAUGAAGAUGUCCAUCUUCGGGCCUGCGUUGCAGCCGCAGAAAUGGGGAUGAGAUUUCUGAAAGCUGGCGCCAGUGCCACGGAAGCCGUUGAGGCCUCGCUGCGUGUGCUGGAAGACAAAGAAAUCACCAACGCUGGCUACGGAUCCAACCUUUCAAUCGACGGGACGGUUGAAUGCGACGCGACAAUUGUUGAUCACUUAGGCCGCAGUGGCGCAUGUGGUGCUGUGCCAAACAUUCGAAAUCCAAUCUCUCUCGCCAAGCUCAUCUUUGACGGAAGUAAGCGGCCCUUGAGCUUAAGACGAGUCCCGCCCAAUGCCCUCGUUGGGGAAGGCGCCAAGAUAUUCGCUGAAGAACACGGGAUGGCGACGUUUUCCAAUGACUACUUGGUCUCCAAGAACUCUAGGGAUCGCUUCAUGCGCUGGCAGGAUGAUUUACUCAGAGCCGAAGCCAAAGCAAAAGAAGCCAGUAGUGCGCCAAAAGCUACACAGCCAAUGAAUUGUGCGCCGUGUCAAUACGAUACUCUCCCCGGGAAGCCGAAUAUUUCGUUUCCUCGAGAUCACGCUGCUGCCAUAAUGUCAGGAACCUGGAACGAAGGCCAGCCUAACUCGCCCUACUUGCCGCCUCCGGGCAUGGAUGAGGCUCAGCAGGCUGAGCUGACAACGUUGGGCAUUCCGCAAAACGCCUGGAAUCAUACCAAGAAUCCAUCUUGGAAAACGCCACAUCCUAAAACCAAUUCAAACAAAAAGCAAAGCACAUUGCCAAGACUCAAUCAAGGCCAUAUCAAUGAUGGUGAAAAUGACGAUCAAGCGGUCCGGGCAAAGGAGCCCAACGCUCAAGGCAUCGGCUCCGCAAAUGACGAAGGAACUUGGCAGCUGCCAAAAAGACGUCGCAAAGGACCAAAGCGACUUCUGGAUGGCCAUUUUGACAGCGAAGACGCACCGACAAAGCGUCAACAUGUGUCUGAGGAUAACGAGGAUCAGAUAACCGACACAAUUGGCGCAAUUGCUAUUGACGAGGACGGAUAUAUUGCAGCCGGCUCUUCAUCUGGAGGCAUUGGAAUGAAGCAUCGCGGAAGACUUGGCCCAGCUGCCCUGGUUGGCGUCGGAACUGCGGUCGUGCCAUGCCAACCCGAUGACGAGGAUGCCAUCUCCGUGGCUGCUGUUACCAGUGGCACAGGUGAACACAUGGCAACGACCAUGGCUUCUCAACGCUGCGCGGAGAGACUUUACAACAGUACCCGCAAAGGGCCCGGCGGCAGCGAUAUACAUGACUACGACGAAAGCGCAAUAAUGGAAUCUUUCAUUGCAAACGAUUUCAUGGGCCAUCCCGGCGUCUGCAACGGACCCUCUGCUGGCGCCAUUGGCAUCAUGGCCUUGAAGAAGACGCGGGCAGGGUAUUAUCUUCAUUUUGCGCACAACACCGACUCAUUUGCGCUUGCAUCCAUGGGUGGCAAGGAUCCUACGCCAACCUGUGUCAUGUCUCGCCUGCCCGAGGGUGGUAAGAUUGCCCAAGGCUCUCGCAAGAUUUCUACCAAGUAG